CGCCCGUUAUUAAUAACAGCCCAGUGAGCAUCCUAAGCCACGCAGGAGCACAUGGUGUUUUUCACAAAAGAGAGAUCAUUUCCUUGACUUUGGACUUCGCGUGUUGAACCCCUGAACAGAGGCAAGGUUGCUAAGAGACCACCUGUGCUGAGUGCACUUUGUUCUAGCAAGAGCAGACGAGAGAAAGCAGGAAGCAGCCUUAUCUGCCACUACCUGGGAUUAAGUCAGGGAGCACGAGCAUUUUGGAUAUGAUGUAUAAAAAUUGGAUAUUAAUUUCUACUACUACCCCCACAAGUCUGGAAGAUGAAAUUGUGGGAAGACUUCUAAAAAUUUUAUUUGUAAUCUUUGUUGACUUCCUGUCUAUUAUAUAUGUUGUUAUAACUUCAUAGAAGCUGACUUCCCUUACUUUGCAUUUGAAUUCUGUGUUGAACUCCAGCAAAUAAAAUUUUGUAAUUU